UAGCUCAGAGGAAGUAGGUUUUAGCGAGGCUAACGAAUUUCUUCAGGCCCCGUUUUGGAGGGGCCGAACCAAGCCCUGGACGCAGGCCUGAGUGGAGAAGGUGAGGGCAGCCGGAGGUGCAACCAUGCCGCCGGAGCUGUUUCUGGACCUGUACUCACCCCCCUGUCGUGCCAUCUACAUUUUCGCCCUGAAAAAUGGCAUUCCCUUCCAGCUGCGGCCUGUGGAGCUAGGCCGGGGGGAGCACCUGAAGCCUGAAUUCUUGAAGGUGAACCCUCUGGGGAAGGUACCUGCCCUCAGAGAUGGGGACUUCCUGCUGGCGGAGAGCGUGGCCAUCCUUCUCUACUUGAGCCGCAAGUACCAGACGGCAGAGCACUGGUACCCGCCUGAGCUGCAGGCCCGGGCCCGUGUGGACGAGUACCUGGCGUGGCAACACACCGCCGUCCAGCUGCCUGCUACCAAUGUCUACCUAUGCAAGUCCCUCCUGCCCCAUUUCUCGGGUCAGCCUGUGGACCAGGAGCGGCUAGAUCGGCUGAUGGGCAAGCUGAGACCAGCUCUGCAGCACCUGGAUCAGGAGGUCCUGGCUGCCAAGCCCUUCCUGGCCACCGAGCAGGUCUCCCUGGCAGAUCUGAUGGCAUUCACGGAGCUGAUGCAGCCCACUGCCGUUGGCUGUGACCUCUUCCGAGACUGGCCCCGGCUGGCAGCAUGGCGAGCCCGAGUGGAGGCAGCUCUGGGCCCUGAGCUCGUCCAGGAGGCCCACAGUCUUGUGCUACAGCCUCGGGACCCCCGAGACGCCCAGCGUGACCCCAAGCUGGCCCAGGAGCUGGUGCAUCGGGUGCUGGAGAGGCUCGGCUGAGAGGGAUGCGACAACGGGGCCUGCUCCCCUGUGCUCUCCUGCCCACAAUAAACGUGCUGUGUGUCCUC